AUGAAUACAUCAUCAAAAUCAGAUAAUUUUCUUGCACAAUUUAAAGAUAUUAAUUCAAAUUCAUUAAAAUAUUUUACUGCUGCACAAUUUGUUGAAGUAUGGAAUCAUUAUGAUACUGAUGGUAAUGGUUAUAUUGAAGGUUCAGAAUUGGAUAAUUUCUUACGUGAAUUCAUCUAUAGUGUAUUUUCUGAAGAAUUAGGAAAUGAGACAAUACCUAGCGAUGAGUUGGAAUUAAUGAAAAAAGAAUUUAUGGAAGCAUUCGAUGAAAAUUCUGACAAUCGAAUUGAGCUUACUGAAAUGGCUAAAAUUUUACCAACUGAAGAAAAUUUUAUUCUGUUGUUUCAUCGGGAUAAUCCAUUGGAUUCAAGUGUUGAAUUUAUGAGAGUGUGGAAACGUUUUGAUAAAGAUAGAAGUGGAUAUAUUGAAGCUGAUGAAUUGAAAUCAUUUCUUCUACACUUAUUAAAAGAAGCAAAACCGGAAACUAAUAUUGAAGAAGGAAAAUUAAUUGAGUAUACUUCAUCCAUUCUUCAGUUAUUCGAUCAAAAUAAAGAUGGUAAACUUCAACUCAGUGAAAUGGCAAGAUUACUUCCUGUUAAAGAGAACUAUUUAUGUAGACCAAUUUUCAAGAAUGCUUCAAAAAUUACAUCAGCUGAUAUUGAUCGAGCAUUUUCACUUUAUGAUCUUGAUGCAAAUGGUACAAUAGAAGAUGAAGAAUUAUCAGGAUUCCUUAAAGAUUUAUUGGAAUUAGCUCAAGAAGAUUAUGAUGAAGCUGAUUUGGAAUUUUUUAAAAAAGUCAUAUUAAAUCAAUGGGAUGUAAAUAAUGAUGGGAAAAUUAAUCGUGAUGAAUUAAAAAUGAUGCUUAUGCAACAAUCUCGUCUGUUAGGUGAUAGAUUAUGA